AUGAUCUAUCUAUCUGGUUUUAUCUAUCUAAUUAUAUUAGUCUUUCCAAUCUAUCUAUCUAUCUAUCUAUCUAUCUAUCUAUCUAUCUAUCUAUCUCAUUUGGUCAUUUCUAUCUAUCUAUCUAUCUAUCUAUCUAUCUAUCUAUCUAUCGUUUUAUCUUUCGCUCUUUCCCAUUUGUUCAUUUCUAUCUAUCUAUCUAUCUAUCUAUCUAUCUAUCUAUCUAUCUAUCUAUCUAUCUUUUUAUCUUUCGCUCUUUCACAUUUGUCUAUCUAUCUAUCUAUCUAUCUAUCUAUCUAUCUAUCUAUCUAUCUAUCUAUCUAUCUAUCUAUCAAUUUUGACCUCAGUAUCUAUCUAUUUAUCUAUCUAUCUAUCUAUCUUAAGCUGUUCACCUGCUCACAUCAGUCUGUCAAUAUCUAUUUAACUAUCACAAGCUGUUCUCAGUCUGUCCAUAUCUAUCUAUCUAUCUAUCUAUCUAUCUAUCUAAAGCUGUUCACCUAUUCACCUCAGUCUGUCAAUAUGUAUUUAACUAUCACAAGCUGUUCUCAAUCUAUCUAUCUAUCUAUCUAUCUAUCUAUCUAUCUAUCUAUCUAUCAGCUACUGUUCAUAAACACAAAAGAUCUAACUGAAUUUUUUUAA